ACGCCAGAGAUAGAGAGAGAGAGAGAGAAGAAGAGGGAUGAUAGCUUUACUACUCGCCUUUCACUCUCUCUGACUGACUACUCUCUCUGAAAGUGUAAAACAACUCUGGGUUCUCCUUCAUUUCUUCUUUGUUUAUAUCUUCAAUUCACCCUCUACAGUUACUUAUCGAACUCUGUAGGAACAACAAUUCAUUGCUUCCGCUUGUAGAGGAAGGAAGUUUUGGAACUUGAGAAGAUUUUUACAUCUUUAAUGAUGCGUGUGGAUCGUGAUGAAUGAUGUUUAUGUCUUUCUUUUGACCGGAGAAGGAGAAAGAUAUUCAUAUAAAGCAAAAAGAGACCUUCCGGAAAAGAUGUCACUUUGAGGGUCUUUGCUUCUUCAAGGUUUUUGUUGACUAGAGAAAGACAUAUAACAUUAACUCUUUCUUUCCCCUCCACACGAGUGCCCUUUAAAUUCACAGUCUUAUAGCUUCUUUUGUUUUUAUCCAUUCACCAAUUGAUUGUGAAAAUGCCGAUGUACCAACCAUCUAAUAGAAGGAGAGGGGAUGUGAAAUACGAAUUGGGUAGUGGUGGGCAUGUGUUGGAUCUGGAUACUGCAGUGAAGGAUGGAAUCCUUGGAUGUGGGGGUGGGGGAUUGAUUUGUAGCGGUGAGAAAUUGGAUCUGAAAAAGAUGAUUGAAGAGAUGGAUUCCAUUGAAGUUCCGUCUGUGUUUAUCUGCCCGAUUUCAUUAGAGCCAAUGCAAGAUCCCGUGACUCUCUGCACAGGACAGACGUAUGAGAGAUCCAAUAUACUAAAAUGGUUCUCGAUGGGGCAUUUUACUUGUCCCACGACAAUGCAAGAGCUAUGGGAUGAUUCGGUAACUCCAAACACGACUCUUUGUCAACUAAUCUACACUUGGUACUCACAGAAAUACCUUGCAAUGAAGAAGAGAUCAGAAGAUGUUCAGGGUAGAGCCAUGGAACUACUUGAAACUCUUAAGAAGGUUAAAGGGCAAGUGCGCGUUCAAACUCUAAAGGAGAUUAGACAAGUUGUGUCAGUUCAUAGUUCGGCUGGGAGAAUCGUAGCUGAAAAGGGUGGAACUGCUCUUGUCUCUUCUCUGUUGGGUCCUUUCACCACACACGCUGUUGGAUCAGAAGCAAUUGGGAUUCUCGUGAAUUUGAAUCUUGAUUCGGAAUCGAAAAAAUUCUUGAUGCAACCCGCAAAGGUUUCUUUGAUGGUUGACAUGUUGAACGAGGGAUCCAUAGAAACAAAAGUCAAUUGCACGAAAUUGAUAGAAUCCUUGAUGGGGGAUGAUGAGGUGGAAUCUGAAAUCGUCUCGAGUUUGAGCCUUUUGGCUGGCCUUUUACGGCUAGUGAAGGACAAGAGACACCCGAAAGGAGUCUUGGCAGGACUUCGAUUACUCAAAAUGAUAUCUUCUUACAACAGGGUGAAGGUUUCAGUUGUGAGCAUUGGAGCCAUCCCUCAAUUAGUCGAGCUUUUACCAAGUUUGAAUCCUGAAUGUUCAGAACUCGCACUUGCCAUCCUUAAUCACGUUUCUACGCUUCCAGAAGGAAGCUCGGCUCUCAAGAAUUGCGUUAGCACGAUACCCACCAUGGUGAAGCUAUUGAUGAAGGUUUCUGAAAACUGCACAAAAUUGGCACUUGCAAUUUCAUGGGCCGUCUGCAAUCUCGCCCCGGAAGAAUGUGCUCCAAUUGCUGUGGAUGCCGGUCUAGCUGCUAAGCUCCUUUUGGUAAUACAAAGCGGUUGUGAAGCUGCGCUGAAACAAAAGGCUGCAGAGCUGUUGAAAUUGUGUAGCUUGAAUUAUACACCAACAAUCUUCAUUUCAAAGUGUAAGCUAACAAGAACUAUGCAGUGAACCAAUUUUGCCUCUUUUAUCAUCACCCGGACAGAGGAAGAAGAGCGAGCUUACGAAUAAAGUUCUUUAAGGUACCCUUUCUCCUCUCGACCUAUGUACAUGGAAAGAAAAGAACAUUCAAUAUAAUAGGAUGCAAAAGAAAGCGGCACGACGCCACGAUUAUAGUCCCCAAUUGUUGCUGUCCAAUAAGCCUAUCGCAUAAAACUGUAAUCUGAAUUGACCCAUUUCGAUUAUUCAUUCAGCAAAGAUAUGGUUACAGACAGUGCUUGCUAUUUUCAAUUUUUUUUUUCCUUUUUUUAUGGUUAAGAGAACAAUGUAAAUGCUAGUUUUUGCAGUUGAUGGUGUGGGUGGGCAUCUUGUUACUAUGAUUUGAUUAUUUGGGCUUUCUCACCCCCACCUUCUCAAUGAAAUGCAUGAUUGGGGUGAUACAAUUUUGAAUGCUAGUUGUUGUUUGAAAGAGAUGUAGAAUGGAAUAAUUCAUUUGUUUCUGAAUUGCAUAAUAAAUCAAUGUAUGGAAUCAGUUUGUU